AUGGGAAAGAAACGCAUCAAAGGCAAAACUGCACGAUUGGAUGAGUCUCCGGAUAUGCUGGAAUCUGUGUGCAAGCAUGUUCGUAAAGGAUUGGAGCAGGGUCAUCUGAAAAAGGCACUGCUGAAUGUGGAAUGGCAUGUUUGUCAGGACUGCAAGGUGGACAAUAAGACAGAAGAGAAGUCUAAGGAGGAGACCGACGAAAGCCCUUCGAUAUGGUUAUGUCUAAAAUGUGGCCAUAGGGGCUGUGGCAGAAACUCUCAAGAACAGCAUGCCUUAAAGCAUUAUACAACGCCGAGAUCAGAUCCCCAUUGUUUGGUUCUCAGUUUGGACAACUGGAGUGUGUGGUGCUACAUGUGUGAUAAUGAAGUCCCUUAUAAUACUUCAACCCGAUUGGGUCAGACUGUGGAUUUUGUUAGAAAACAAGUUUGUACUGACUCAUCACGUACAGUAGGAAAAAAACAAGAGAACAAAGAAUUUGAAAAUAAAAAAGUAGAAAAAGACAGCAAAAAUGAGCAAGAAAAAGAAGGCUCGCUUAAAGAAGAGAAUUCUCAUUCAAGUACUAACUCGGAAGUGACUGUGAAGGGACUUAGUAAUUUGGGGAAUACAUGUUUCUUUAAUGCAGUGAUGCAGAAUUUGUCACAAACUCCAGUCCUGAGGGAGCUGCUUAAAGAAGCUAAAAUGCCUGGCACAACAGUUAAAAUCGAGUCACCUGAGCUAUUCAUGGAACCUCAGCUGAUAAAACUAGAUCAGCCAGGUCCUUUGACAUUAGCCAUGUAUCAGUUCCUGACAGAAAUUCAAGAGGCAAAAAAAGGGGUAGUCACUCCUAAGGAACUUUUUGCUCAGGUUUGUAAAAAAGCAAUACGAUUUAAAGGUUAUCAGCAGCAAGACAGUCAUGAGCUGCUUCGUUACUUACUUGAUGGAAUGAGAGCAGAGGAAAUCCAACAAAUAAGUGUGGGAAUACUGAAGGCAGUGUCUGACUCCAACAAACAAAAUGAAGAAGAACUUAAAAAGAAAAUUAAAGAAUAUGAAAAGAAAAAGGGAAUAAAAAGUUUUGUAGAUCGAAUCUUUGGCGGAGAAUUAACCAGUACGAUUAUGUGUGAGGAAUGCAGAACCGUAUCCUUGGUCCAUGAGUCUUUCCUUGAUUUGUCGCUUCCCGUACUAGACGAUCAGAAAGUAAAAAUUACAAAUGAGAGAAACGUUAAAAAAAGUAAAGAAAAGGAAUCUGAAGAUGAAGAGGAUAAAAACAAUGACUGUUACCUUAAGCAGAGAGAUGAGCCCCCUGGUACAAGUAAGCACCUUCAGAAAAAAGCAAAGAAACAGGCCAAAAAACAAGCCAAGAGCCAGCGCCGCCAGCAAAAACUUCAGGGGAAGGUGCUUCACUUGACAGAUCUCUGUGCAACCAAACAGUCAGAGAAAGAUGUCGAGUAUAACCAAGAAUCAGAGGCAGAAAUUAACCCCGAAACUCCCAAUGUGAAGCAGGAAGAGGAGUCACCGAAUGAUUGCAAAGAUCCCUGCCUAACUCAGGAAGACUUGAGUGUACAGGGAAAUGGCACAGGGGUUCAGAGCACGCGUGAAAAUACAGGAAAGCCGGAAUCAGAGUGUGAAGAAAGUGAGUCUUGCGUGGAUCUCCCUGUGGAAGGGUUAGAUUCUCCUUUUGUCAAUGGCCUUGACAGCCUCUCUUUGAAAGAGGAGGAUGAUGAAAAUGAAGAUGAGGAAGAGCUUGCUACUGACUUCUCAAAACUGCACUUGGGUGCCAGUGCUGAAUCUGAUGGGAGUACCUUGGAUGAUCUUCCACCUGUUCCCCUCAAGAUGUGUGAAGUCUCGACCGAAGAUCCAGGAACGGCUUUCUGUACCCUUGCAAACAGGGAAGAUCUGAACCCAGAAGAAGGGUCAAUCUAUCACUGUUUAUAUCAGUUUACGCGUAAUGAAAAGCUUGUCGAGACCAAUAAACUCCUCUGUGACGUGUGUACGCAAAGACAUUACGGACCAAAGAAGAACAUGAAAAGUGAGAAGUAUGUUUAUACUAAUGCCAAAAAGCAGAUGCUAAUCUCCCUUGCUCCUCCAAUCUUAACUCUUCACUUAAAGAGGUUCCAACAGGCCGGAUUUAAUCUACGGAAGGUUAACAGGCAUAUCAAGUUUCCAGAAGUGAUAGACUUGGCUCCUUUCUGUACGGCUAAAUGUAAAAACGUGGCGGAAGGGAAGACGAAAGUACCGUACGCUCUGUAUGGAGUUGUUGAACACAGUGGAACGAUGAGGUCUGGGCACUACACUGCUUAUGCUAAGAUGAGGAGUAUGAACAACCAUCUCUCUGAUCUUGUCCUUCGAGGACAAUCUCCUCAAGCUUCAGAAACGGAGCCGGCGAAAGGGCAGUGGUUCCACAUCAGCGAUACCCACGUGCAAGCUGUGUCUGCAGCCAGAGUGCUGAGCGCCCAAGCCUAUCUCCUGUUCUACGAGCGGCUGCUGUGA